AUGGCCAGACAACAGGGGAGGGUGCCGCCUUACACCAUUGUCUACUUCCUCUCCAGGGGGCACUGUGAGGCCAUGCGCAUGCUGCUGGCUGACCAGGGCCAGAGCUGGAAGGAGGAGGUGGUGACCUUGGAGACCUGGGGCCGAGGUCCGCUGAAGGCCUCCUGUUUAUUUGAGCAGCUCCCCAAGUUCCAGGACAGAGACCUUGCCCUAUACCAGUCCAAUGCCAUCCUGUGCUACCUGGACCGCUCCUUUGGGCUCUAUAGCAAAGACCAGCAGGAGGCUGCCCUUGUGGACAUGGUGAAUGAUGGGGUGGAGGACCUCAUCAGGUGCUGUAGCCACCUCCUCCAUAACUAUGAGAAGGGCAAAGCCCAGUGUGCACAGGAGCUUCCAGGGGAUCUGAAACCUUUUGAAUUUUUGCUGGCCCAGAACAAGGGAGGACAGGGCUUUAUCGUGGGGGAACAGAUCUCCUUCGCUAACUACAACCUGCUGGACUUGCUGCUGAACCACCAGGUCCUGGCUCCUGGCUGCCUGGAUGCUUUCCCCCUGCUCUUGGCCUACAUGAUGUGCCUUAGUGCUUGGCCCAAGCUCAAGGCAUUCCUGGCCUCCUCAUACCAUGUGAACUGGCCCAUCUUUUCUCUUAUCAAGAUAUGA